CGCGAGUUGGGCGCCGGGUGCGCCGCCGGGACUGCACGGUCGCAGGGUUUCGAGGUAGAGAGUGGAAGAGCAGCCGGUCGCGGGUUAGGGCCUGGAGAGGAUUACUCUGGUCGAAAGCUCUCUGAGGUGUUUCGUGUUCUGGACUAUACUUUCCAGAGGCCUCCGGUCGUAACGUCCCUUCCUUCUAAGGUGGUAAGCCCCGUUGUGCUGGAGCAAGCUGCACAGGGCCCCGGCGGAAGAAGCUUGGCCAGUGGGUUCGUUUUGGUCCGGCGGGACAUGAGCCUGACGCCGGGUAAGCUGAAGGUGACCAGAGACUGAGGGAAGAGACCCUGUUGGACAACUGAGAGUUUUAUCCAAGGACUACACUUCUCCAUGAGGAGAAGCCAGAGGAGGACUCAUAAGUUGCAAUUCUAAGCCAUGCCUUGUAGGUUGGUGUUGUUCAAGGAUGUGGCUGUAGACUUCUCUCAGGAGGAGUGGGAGUGCCUGGACUUGGAACAGAAGGAUUUGUACAGAGAUGUGAUGUUGGAAAACUAUAGCAACCUGGUCUCACUGGCAGGAUUUUCCAUUUCUAAAGCAGAUGUGCUUUCCUUAUUGAAGCAAGGGAAAGAGCCCUGGAAGGUUGUGCAGGAUGUGACAAGAAGUCAGAAUUCAGACUGGGAAUCCAAGUGUGAGACCAAAAAGCUGUCCUCAAAGAGAGGAAUUUAUGAAAUAGAAUCAUCUCAAUGGGAAAUAAUAGAACAGCUUACAAGACAUAAGUGUGAGUGUAAAAGUUUUCAAGAUGAUAGGGAAUCCAAAGACCAGAUUGAAAGCCAAUUAGGAAAUAAAGAGGGACUUUUCAGGCAAGUAUUAAUUACUUGUAAAGAAAUUCCCAAUUUUAGCCAGACCACAUCCCUUACAUUAAAACGAAGAAUUCAUUUUCCUGAGAAAUCCAAUGAAUGUAAAGCAUGCAGAAAAUAUUUUAUCCAUGGCUUUCAACUUACAGAACAUCAGAAAGUACAUUCCGAUGAAAAAUUCUAUGAAUGUAAAGAAUGUGGAAAGGCCUUUAUUCAGGGCUCAGAACUUAUUUGCCAUCAGAGAGUUCAUGUUAAGAAACGCUAUGAAUGUAAGGAAUGUGGAAAAGGCUUUAUUUGUGCCUCACAGCUUACUUAUCAUCAAAGAAUUCAUACUGGGGAGAAACCUUAUAAAUGUAAAGAGUGUGGGAAGGCCUUUAUUCGUGGUUCUCAUCUUACCCAGCAUCAAAGAAUUCAUACUGGUGAAAGACCCUAUGAAUGUAAUGAAUGUGGUAAGUCCUUUUUUCGUGGCUCUCAACUUACUUACCAUCAGAGAGUUCAUACUGCAGAGAAACCCUAUCAAUGUAAAGAAUGUGGAAAGGCCUUUAUUCGGGGCUCCCAACUUACUGAACAUCAGAGAAUUCAUACAGGUGAGAAACCCUAUGAAUGUAAGAAAUGUGGGAAAGCCUUUAGUUAUGGCUCACAGCUUACCCUACAUCACAGACUUCAUACUGGUGAAAAACCCUAUAAAUGUAAAGAUUGUGAGAUGUCCUUUAUUCGUGGCUCACAACUUACUGAACAUCAGAGGAUUCAUACAGGUAGGAAACCACAUGAAUGUAAGCAGUGUGGAAAGGCCUUUAACUAUGGCUCACAGCUUGUUCGACAUCAGAGGAUUCAUACUGGUGAGAAACCCUAUGAAUGUCAAGAAUGUGGGAAAUCAUUUAUUCGUGGCUCACAACUUACUGAACAUCAAAAAAUUCACACUGGUGAAAAACCUUUUGAAUGUAAGGAAUGUGGGAAAGCCUUUAUUCGUGGCUCACAUCUUAUUCAACAUCAGAGGAUUCAUACUGGUGAAAAACCCUAUGAAUGUAAAGAGUGUGGGAAGGCCUUUAUUUAUAGCUCACAACUGACUCAACAUCAGAGAAUUCAUACAGGUGAGAAUCCCUGUGAAUGUAAGCAGUGUGGGAAGAUCUUUAUUUGUGCCUCACAACUUACUCUACAUCAGAUUUCUCAUUCUGGUAGGAAACCAUAUGAAUGUGAGGAAUGUGGUAAGGCUUUUAUUCGUGGCUCACAGCUAACUUACCAUCAAAGAGUUCAUACUGGUGAGAAGCCCUAUGAGUGUAAUGAAUGUGGGAAAGCCUUUAUUCGUGGUUCACAUCUUACUCAGCACCAGAGAAUUCAUACUGGUGAGAAACCAUACAAAUGUAAUGAAUGUGGGAAGGCCUUUAAUCGUGGCUCACAACUUACUCAACAUCAGAGAAUUCAUUCUGGUGAAAAGCCUUAUAAAUGUAAUGAAUGUGGUAAGGACUUUAGACGUCACUCACACCUUACUCAACAUCAUAAACUUCAUAAUUGAGAAAAACUUUAUGAAAAUACAAAUUUAUUAAAUCUUUUGUCUGCCCGUUGGCAGUCAGCUUUGGAAUAUCAGAUACUUCAGAUUAUGAAAAUGGGAAUCCUUCUUUACUUUCAGUCAUAGGUAACUGACUAUCAGAAAAUUCAAACAAUGAAAGACUAGAUUAAUAUAAUGGAGAAUCAGUUUCCAUCAUAUUUCAGUCUUUGUUAGACAUCAGUGAGUUCAUAUGAGAGCACAACCAUAAAAUGUAGGGUUUUCUUGUUUGGCUUCGUUCUCUUGUUUAGCGUGUUCUGAGCCCUACUGUUUAUUACUACACGUGUAUUGCUUUGGGAAAGUUAGUUAACCUCUGUUGCUUUAGUUUUUUUUAAUUUAUAAAACAAUAUCAUUCUCAUUAUAAUGAUUUAAAGAUAUAAAUACAUAUAAAGCCCUGAAGCAGUGUGUAAUAAAUAAUUAUACUUAAUAAACAUUAGUUAUUAUUAAAAU